CUGAGAUCCAUAAAUCUCCUGGGAAAAUCGGGGGGCUCGGGAAGUAUGCAGCUGAGCCGCAUCAGAGUGGUCAAAGAGCCGCAUGCGGCUCCGGAGCCGCGGGUUGCCGACCCCUGAACUAGAUGAACCAUCUGUGGCUGUGAAGUAAACACUAUUCAUCAAUCCAUUUUCUACCGCUUGUCCCUUUCUAGUAAGGUUGUAAGUACUGUAUCCAAUCCAAUCCACUUUAUUUGCAUAGCACAUUUAAACAGAAAUGUUUCCAAAGUGCUGCACAACAAUAUUAAAAACAAUAUUCAAAUAUUAUCCUUAGCUGCACCAAUGACUGAAUAAAAACAAAUGAAUAAAUAAAUAUAAAAACAAUAUAAAAAUAAAUGUGAUUAAAAACUAUUUUUAAGGGUAAAACCAAUUAAAACAAUAAAUAGAAAUAAAAAUUUUAAAAACACAGAGGACCACACAACUCACCUACUGUUAAAAGCCAAAGAAUAAAAGUGGGUCUUAAGACGAGACUUAAAACACUCCACUGUGGGAGCAGUUCGAACAUGGAGGGGCAGAGUGUUCCAGAGUACAGAUUCGGCUAACCCAUGUGGUUCCUGUGGAUGUGAACACAAGUUGUAAUUACUGUAGUGACUAAAUAACAUAGUGACUGAAACAUACAUAGUAAUUCAUUAGGAUGAAUGGGGUAUGUAUUUAUGUAAACUCUGUUGAUCGUUUUUCAAUUCUUUAAACACUUUUGGCCUGUACUGUAUAUUUGCACAACGUAUCGGCUUGGUAUCGCCAAUACCAACCUGAAUUUUACUUGGGAUCGGAAAGAAAAUCAAAACUGAAUCAGUGUAAAACAAACUCACCCUCAUAUGAACUUGAAUAAGAGACAAAGGUGCAUAUAGGUGUCCCCUUUUGGAAUAAGUGUCAUCCAAAAUAGUUUGUUUUCAAAACGUCAAGGUUUUUGGCAGCUCUGUACAUCAAAAUAUACACAAAGCAAUUGGAAAGGUUAUCUUGUAGUGUUUGGUCCACCAGGUCAGCAAUGAUUCAGCGGGUCAGUGGGACCUGUGUCGCCAGCAGUAGUCCAAAAUAUAGCUCGGUCAUCUACCUGGAUUCAAGCCUUAUCCUGCUUUAACCUUCACCAGGUCCAAAAUAACUGGACCAUCUCACUACUUUAUUGAUAUCAUGUCUGAAAGGAACAACAUGGUUUAGUUCAUAUUGAACACAUGUUUACACCGGCUUGGAAAAGAGACCGGGGUUCAAAGCACGAGUGUUGUUUGUGCGUCCGACCGUGUCAAGGUGUGUGCCACUUACCACAAAUACUACACCGAAGGAAGCGACCAAUUACUGAUGGCUUUCUUCAGACAAACAUGUUAUGAUCCUACUAGCUGGAGGGGCGGGGGGAGUUAUGCAAUGCAUGGCCUUGUUUAUCUACUGGCCUGAUAAGAUGAGCCGUCACCAAGGAGACGGAAGGAACAAAUAAAGGUUUUGGGUGUCAAAACAGGAUAAAAACGCUGAUUAGUGGCGAAACAACCUUCUGAUCGUGAUGAACACAUGUUCUUAACGAGACCCGAGCACCACAGAUGAGUCAGUGGCCGCCCUAAACAAGCUUGUUUUGCUCGCCAAUCGCUUUGUUCCAAAGUCAAUAUUGACCGCAGACCUUGUGAACUCGCAGCCGCACACGUCAAGCGGGGUCAAUACUGUUUACCGCGGCUUUGUCACAAAUAUUUUAUACGUGUAGGCGUCCUGUCAAUCAGUAACCCCCUCCGCGGAGGCAUAAAUAGGACUGCACGCCGGGGAGACCGGCAGAGAAAGAAACCCAAAGAUGUGUGGAUUACACCAGAAGAUGCUGCCACUGCUGGCCUUGAUGGCGGCGGCGGCCAGGUCGUCCCCGAUGGUUGGACCGGAGCCCAUCCGCUGCGCCCCGUGCACUCAGGAGAAACUGAACGAGUGUCCCGCCAUCCCCGCCGACUGCAGGCAGGUGCUGAGGGAGCCCGGCUGUGGCUGCUGCAUGGCGUGCGCCCUAGAGAAAGGGAGCUCCUGUGGGGUGCACACGGCCCACUGCGCUGAGGGCCUGCGUUGCACGCCCAGACCCGGGGAAGCCAGGCCUCUGCAUGCUCUGACACGGGGCCUGGGGGUCUGCACUGAGGAGUUGGCCCAAGAGGACACUGAAGGGGUCUCAGACCACAGCUCUUUGCAGUACCUUCUCGGGGACACCGCCGAGCCCCAGGAGAGCUUCAAGGCCAAAGUGAACGCCAUUCGGAACAAGCUGGUGCAGCAGGUGAGAGGACAAAAAAUGUUUUAUUAUACCUUCCCGUCGCUAACUUGCCCGCUUUGUCCACAGGGCCCGUGCCACAUCGAGCUCCACGCCGCCCUGGAGGUCAUAGCCAGCGCCCAGCAGACCCUGGGGGAAAAGUUCACCACCUUCUACCUCCCAAACUGUGACAAGCACGGCUUCUACAAGGCCAAGCAGUGUGAGUCAUCGCUGGUCGGACCACCCACUCGCUGCUGGUGUGUCUCCUCCUGGAACGGGAAGGUCAUCCCAGGAGCCAGCGAGCUCCCCGGUGACGCCGAAUGUCACCAGGAAGUCACUCACUAACACCUUCAUGCAGGAAUUGUAAAUUAUUUUAUGUACGAAGAUUUAUUUAUUCAUUCCUUGUAUAUUCUCAACAGAUUUUUAAGUUUUGCUGUUUUUCUCCUGUUCAAUUGUAAAUAGGGCAGCACUGUCUACAUUUGUAUUCCUGACUAAAUAACUCCAUUCCUCACAAACCACAGCUCCACGGCCCUGCCAAGCCCAUUUCAGGUUUUUUUUUUUCUUUCUUUCUUUCAAAUGUGGAUCGCGGCGGUGCACGCCACCACCAAACAACACAGCCGCUCAUUCAUGCAACAUGUUGACAUUGUCUGAAAGCAUCUUCAUUUCCUCAAUGGGGGAUACUUUGAGCACCGCAAGUAUGUGCACGUUGGCCAAACGCAAACAAAUCAAGGCUCAUCCGAGCUGCCUGCCAGCUUCUUCUGACAUGGCCUCUUCUUACAUUUGUCUACCUCAGAUUACCUCUACAGUUGUUUUUUUUUACUUUUUCCAACAUUUAUUCUAUUUAUUAUUAUUAUUUACUCUUGUGUAUCUGAUGUUUUCUGUGUUCCAUUGUUUGUUUAAAUGUAUAAUAUAAACUACUGUGCAAACAUUUCGGGCCAGUGUUGUUUUUACACCAUUUUCUCUAUCAGAAUCCAAUCAGAACACACAAAUAUCCAUCCAACUGUACUCGGCAGUGCCAUUUGUGGGAUGCGGCUAUUUUGCCUGCAUGGUUAUUUUAUGCAAAAAAAAUACUACUCUUGCUCUUUUACUGUACAGUCCAGCCAUACAUUGUGUAUCAUAAUGUUACUUUUAACCCCCAUGAA